UUUUAUCAUUAUUAUUAAUAAUUAUUGCUGUAUAUUUUAUCAAUUUAUUGAAUUUUGUUUAUUUAAACCUAUUUUUUGUAAGUUUUAGAAGGAUUUUACAUUUUGUCGAGAUUUUUAGUGAUUAUUGUUGGUUUCCUUUAAAUUUACAAUAAAUUUGUGGCUUAAGAUUCUGUUUUUAUUUUCAGGUAUAUUUCACUAUUUGGCCGAGGAUUCCUUUAUAUUCCAUAAUUUAAAGGGUGUAUCAUUCUAACUUGUUGUUGAUUUAAAAUGGGAGGACCGAUUGACGUAUCUGGAGACGGAGGCGUUUUGAAAACCGUCUUGAAACACUCAGAGUUCGAUGAAGUACCCAAACCCGGCGAAGAGGUGGAAGUUCAUUAUACAGGGAAACUUGAUUGUGGAACUGUAUUUGAUUCCUCCUAUGACCGUAAUACAACAUUUAAGUUUGUGCUUGGAGAAGGAAGUGUAAUUAAGGGAUGGGAUGUGGGCGUAGGAACGAUGAAGAUGGGUGAGAAGGCUUUACUUGUAAUUCAGCCAGAAUAUGGUUAUGGAAAGUCUGGAGCAGGUGAUUCAAUACCACCAAACGCAGUUUUACAUUUUGAAAUCGAGUUGUUAAACUUCAGAGUUAAGCCAAAGAAUAAAUGGGAGCUGUCAAUUGACGAGAAGUUGCAGGCAUCCGUAGAUGUUAAGGUGGAUGGAAACAACAAGUUUAGCCAAGGAAAUUAUAGAGGUGCAAUUUCCAUGUACCUUGAAGGGUUGGAAUAUCUGAGUGAGUCGAGCGAGUGGCCAGAUGAAUCAAUGAAGUUGGCAAAUGUCACAAAACUGCAAUGUUAUCUUAACCUUUCUAAUUGCUACUUAAAGGUUUCUGAGUUUAGAGAUGCUGAAAAAAACGCUUCUGAAGCACUUAAACUAGAUCGUAAUAGCGUAAAGGCUCUUUUCAGAAGAGCAGUAGCAAGGCUAAAUUAUGAUCUUUUGGAUGGAGCUAUUGAAGAUCUCAACAAUCUGCUAAAACUCGACCCUGACAAUGUGGAUGGGCAAAAUUACCUCAAACUUGCCAAACAGAGACAGUCUAAUUACAACCAGGUUGAUAAGAAGAGAUACGGAAGCAUCUUUUCUAAAAUGACCUUUUAUGACGAGAAAAGAGGAAUCCGAGACUAUAACAAACUUCCAAAGGUAUUUUUCGAGGUUUCCCUGGGGGAUACAACAUUCAAGAUGGUUUUUGCGCUUUUCUCUGAUACUGUUCCGAAAACAGCUGAGAACUUCAGGAAACUGUGUCAAACAGACCAUGAAUUCAACUUUAAAAAUUCUAAAUUCCACAGGAUAAUUAAGGGUUUUAUGGCUCAGGGAGGUGAUUUCACUAACGGAGAUGGAACUGGUGGAAAGAGCAUUUACGGAGAGAAGUUUGAUGACGAAAAUUUCACCGACAAACAUACUGAAAGAGGCAUUUUGAGUAUGGCGAACUCAGGUCCAAACACCAAUGGGUCGCAAUUUUUUAUAACGUUUGCUCCUGCACCUCAUCUUGAUGGGAAGCAUGUCGUUUUUGGUAAAGUCAUGGUGGGCUCAGAAUACCUGGAUGACUUAGAGAAAGUCGAGACUGGACCAGGUGACAGGCCUGUAAAUGACGUGGUUAUAAUAAAUUGUGGAUCAUUGUAAUGUGUAAAAAAUAAAAAACUUUAAAAUAUGUAAUGUGUUAAGAGAUGGUAGUUCCAUGUUAGUUUAGUCUUUAGACCCAGUAAAUUGUUUACUCAUAUCGGGGUCCAUUUU